AUUGUCAGUCAUGCUAUUAAUAUUACCGCAUAAAUGUGUCGCCCUCUGUAAUGUAAAUUCGAAAGAUGGUUUAUAAAUUUCGUGAAGCGCAAAUAUCAAAAAGAUUUCGUAUUAUAUAUGUAGUAUUUUUAAUAAUGUGAAGAGUAUUUAUUUAAUUACAAUAUUAUUUACAUAGUUGUAAAUAAUAUAUAUAAUUAAUCUAAAUAACAAAACAUUAAGAUUGAAGCUUUUUAUUUUUGGUGAUUUAUUUUCGUGCACUUUCAGCAAAAUGUCACACAAAAACAAUGAAGAAUUUGAUAAUUUAAAUAAUUCUGUUAGAAGUACUUCGAGAGUGUUAAGUUUUUUUGAUAAAUCAAAACAGGUCAUCAUUGACAAUGAAGUAAAAAAUGAUUCAGCGAUUCUCGAGUGUAAUCCUGAAUUGAAUGCCAUAAAUAAGAAUGAACGUUCAUAUGUAGAAAGUAAUAAUAAACUUAUGUUUAACGUUGUAUUUGGUAAGGUUACUACUAAAAAACAUAAAACAUGGGACAGUGAUGGAUUUUUGGAAGUUUUUGGAAAAAAUGCAGUUUUGAAGAAUCUGGACGGUAGUAUUAUUGGCAGAACAACAGUCAAUCCACAAUGUUUAAAUGAAGGUUUUAGAUUAUUUAUUGCCAGUAAAGAAGUUGAGAUAAUUAGCUUGGUAUCACAUGAUGUAAACUUAACAGGUGAUACUUGCCAAAGUAUAGAAGACAAAGAACCACCAAGAAAGAGACUUAAAACUUCCAAUGUUGGUUCAUGUUUAUUAGCAGUUUCACUUAAAAAGAGCUCUGAAUUAACUUCUGAAGCAUUGAUAAUGCCAAGUUUUUGUACUAAAAUAAAUGUUACUGAUAAUAUUAGUCCAGAAACUGAACAACAAGUGUCUGUAGAUGCUUGUCUGACAAAUGUACUUAGACCUCAUCAACGAGAUGGAGUUAUUUUUCUUUAUGAAUGUAUCAUGGGAAUUAAAAUCGAAAAUAAUUUUGGUGCUAUUUUAGCAGAUGAAAUGGGUCUUGGAAAAACAUUACAAUGUAUAACAUUGAUAUGGACACUCUUAAAAAAAGGACCAUUUGGUAAACCAAUAUUAAAACGUGUACUUAUUGUGACUCCUAGCAGUUUGUGUAAUAAUUGGAAAAAAGAAUUUAUUCAUUGGUUGGGCUCUCAUAGGAUUUUUCCUUUUGUUGCUGAUAGUAAGAAUAAGCCACAAAAUUUUAAAAGACAACCAAGAUCACAAGUACUAAUUAUUAGUUAUGAAAUGCUUGUUAGAACUUAUGAAGAAAUCAAAGAAAUAAAUUUUGAUUUAAUAAUAUGCGAUGAAGGACAUAGAUUGAAAAAUAGUAACAUACAGGCAGCCAAGCUUUUACAAGAAAUUGAUUGUAAAAGAAGAAUUCUUUUAUCAGGCACACCUAUACAGAAUGAUUUACAGGAAUUUUAUACGCUCGUCAAUUUUGUAAAUCCUAUUAUUUUAGGUAGUUGUACCGAAUAUAAACGUUAUUAUGAAGAUCCUAUCAUUACUUCUCAAUGUCCAUAUGCAUCGGAUGAUGCUCAAUCUUUAGGAAAUGAACGAGCUAAAGAAUUGCGUGAUGCAACUAAUCCUUUUAUCUUAAGACGAACCCAAGAAAUAAUUAGUAAAUAUUUACCGCGCAAGCAUGAAAUGGUUAUAUUUUGCCAUUUAUCAGAAAAACAAAAAAACUUGUAUUCCCUUGUGGUAGAUACUUGGUUUGACAAUACUAUAUCGGAGAAAAAAGCUACACAUUUAACAAUUAUAACAGCUCUUAAAAAGAUUUGUAAUCAUCCAGUUUUAUUUACAAAGGAUAAAGAUAACUUUUUAAAUAAUAAUUCAGCAUUUUUGCAAUUAAUAAAAAAUGAUAAUGCUUCGAAUGGUAAUGAAACAGAAUAUUGCGGUAAAAUAACGAUCGUUCGAUGUUUAAUGAGAAACUUAAAAAAAACUGAUGAAAAAAUAGUACUCGUUUCUUAUUACACACAAACACUUGAUUUUUUCGAAUCUAUUUGUAAUGCCGAAGGACUGAAAUAUUGCAGACUCGAUGGUAGUACACAAAAUGUAGCAAGAAUGAAAAUUAUAGAACAAUUCAAUUCCAAAACUGAUGAUAGUAAAAUAUUCUUAUUAAGUGCUAAGGCAGGUGGUGUCGGAUUGAAUUUACCAGGAGCAUCUAGACUGGUAUUAUUUGAUUCAGAUUGGAAUCCUGCGUCAGAUGCUCAAGCUAUGGCGAGAAUAUGGAGACAUGGUCAAAAAAAGAGUGUUUAUAUCUAUAGAUUACUAAUGUCAGGCACGAUUGAAGAAAAAAUAUAUCAACGUCAAAUUAGUAAAACAAAUUUAAGUGAAGUUGUUAUUGAUGCAAAUAAUCUUUCUUCUUUGAAACUAUCAUCCAGUGAAUUAAAGGAUCUUUUCACUUUAACAUUAAACACAGAUUCUUUGACACAUGAUUUGAUGAAUUGUAUAUGUGGCGAUCAAGUAAAUCUCAAUGAAUUAUCAGAUGAAUGUGAGGAUACAAACAGAAAAGAGUAUACAAAAAAUAUUAUAAAAAAAGAGCAAUCUCAAAAAAAUUUAACUAUUAAUCAACUUCUUGAUUGGCAACAUUAUAGGAAACCAUUUGAGGACGAUAUGAUGCAAGAGCUUAUGUUAAAACAAGUAUCUAAACAUAUUUCAUUCAUAUUUAAAAACUCUAUAACUUAAAAAUAUAAAUCAAUUUAGAAGUUCUUUGAUAAUAAAAUAAAAUAUAGUAUAAUCAAAACUAUAUAAUAUAUUAUAAUGAUUUUUAAAUUGAAC